AGAGUGGUGCGGCCCCGUUGCCAUGGUAGCUGUGGCGUCGGGAGGGCGGGGGGAGUAUGGCCGCGCUCGUCCGGCUGGAGGAGAGGCUGUCGCGGCUGCGGGAGGAGUAUUUCCGCAGGAACAGGUCUCGAUGUUGGUCAUCUACAGCAUCCAGGACAGACAGAGUCACCGGAAGAAGACAAGGAGAGUCAAUCUCUUGGAAUUACUUUGUAACUUUCUGAUGAGGUCCUUCUGCUUGUGUUUCUUGGCCCAUUUCUGCACAUGCUUUUUGCUUGUACUACCUAAUUUAACACAAGACUUUGACAGAUCUGUAGAUGAAGACAGAAAAAUAGCAUACAAAGCUGCUGUCAAAAUUCAGAGCUGGUUUCGAGGAUGCAGAGUCCGAGCCUAUUUGAGAUAUCUGAACAAAAUGGCAAUUUCUAUACAAAAGUGGUGGAGAGGUUAUCAAAGCAGAAGAUACUUCAGAAAAAUGAUUAAGACAGCAUAUUUUAUUAUGAAGAUGAAUUUCUACAAUGAAAUGGCUGUCAGGAUUCAGAAAAGAUGGAGAGGAUAUUAUGUCCGAAAAUAUACCCAUAAUUACUAUGCACUGAAGAAAUACCUGGAAGCCAUUUCUCUGAAUAAUGAGAUUGUCAGGAACGAACUUCAAGAGUAUACAGAAAUGACUGAAAAGGAAAAGAAGAAGAAAGACUUAGAAAAGAAAGAAAAGGAAAAGAAAUACAAAGCCCGAAAGAUGCAUUACCUCCUUAGCACUGAGCAGAUUGCAGGCAUAUACAAUUCGCCAUUCAGAAAAUCCCCAGAUCCAAUGGAACUGCUGCUCCGGCAGUCAAAGCCAUUGAGCCACAGGCGGCAACAAGUCAGGAGUCCCUUCACAUAUGAGCUGUAUGACUGGCCAACUUGUAAAAGACCUCCAGCUUUUGCCACAGGACAGCCCUUGCCACCUAUUGGCAAACAGAAACCUCAGGGGCCUUUCCGUGAUACCGCUGAAGUAUUGUGGCAACGCUACAAGCCUUUGGAACCAACCUUGCGAGUGGCAGCAUCAAUCAAUUCACCACUAGAGAAGGCCAGAGAGGAAAUGAAAAGAGAGGAAUGGAGAAACUGUAUACAUGACAAUGAAUUUUUGCCAUUUUCUUCAUAUCAUAAAAAUGAGAAGUAUGACCUAUCAAUUCAUGCAUCAGAAAAAACUGGCCAAGAAACUUACGGAAUUAAGCAUUUCCGUGAAGUACAGCCUAAUAAGUGGAUAGCAGGCAAGGACUUUCAAACUGUGUUACCAUCGAUUGUUCUCUUCGAGAAGUUUGGAAAAACUUACUCAAAAGCUGGGCAAAUAGUGUAAUCAUUCUGUAAACUAUGCAAUAAUACCUGUUUCAUCAUUGUUCUUCAUCAUUUUCUCUAUUAAUCUACAUCCUUUCUGAAAUCCAUCUUUUCGGAGGGACAAUGAAAUUAGGUAGGCUAUUUAAAUGUAAGAUGCUAUUUUAAAAUCUUUUAAGUCCUAUGUGGGUGAUAUAACUUCACUGUUGAAAAAUGAAAGUUCUAUCAGCUCCUUAUAUACAUUAUUAAAUCAGCUUUUCUAUAUCUACUUAAUUUUCUUUGUCAAUAUCUAUGUAUUUAGUCUUGGUCCUGUGUUAAACAGCCUUUUUCAUAGGAACAUAUUCAUGUGAUGCUUAGCAAAGAACAUAUCUGAUCACACAAAACUGGAAUUCGACUGUUAUGUUUUCUAGCAUGCAAUUCAGCUGCAAAAUGUAGAAUGUCUUCAGAGCUCAUUAAUUUCAAAAGACUCAAGUUCAGCAUUUUGUCAGGACCAAAUCAUAAAUUAAUUCUUCAAAUUACACAAGUGAAUUUUUACAGGUGUUUUCUGCUACUACACUCUCUCUUCAGUUCAUUUGAAUGUAUUUGAAUCAAGUAGUAUUUGAUCAUUUAGUAUUUGAUUAUAGUGUUUGAAUUAGAUACUCAGUGAUAGGCUUUUUAUUACUGAAUUUUGUUUUAUUAAUUUCUUGUCCUCUCCAAGUGCUCAGAAAAACUCUAUAGGAUGUAGGUUUAUGUAAACAUAUCCGAACACUUUCUGAACUAGGAUUCACAAAUUUCACUUCCAUACGUUUUCUGCUGUUUGCCACUGUGGAAAAGUUGUAGGGCUAUCGUACACAUGAGUAAAAGCUUUUGCAGUUCCAUUACAGUAGGUUAUGAGUUUAAGCAUUGGCUGUAGUGUUGCUACUUUUUGGAAUUUGUCAUUUUCAAGGUUUGAACAGUUCUACAUGGAAAUGGGAAAUUAAUUCUGGGAAGUGAGAAGGAGACACCUCAGUGGAUGAGUCUCUCCAUUAAAAUUUAAUCUGAUCAAAUGUA